UUGCUCCAUAUUCUCCGCAACUGCUCCAAAUGAUCUCGUGACCAAGCUUGUGAUCGAAGAUGAAGAAGCAGUAGGUGUUGUGCUCGUAACUUGUUAUUGACUGUGUAUGUCGAGCAGCCCAAAUAAAUAAUAUAGAAUAACAAUACCAAAACAAUCGAGGAGUGGCUGCUUUUCAGCCGUAUUAGCGAGUCUCCUUCUCUGCAACCAUGGCGGAUCGCACGAACAUUAAGGAAAUCAUCCCGGCCUUGCCGGACGAAAACAUCGAUAUGCUUGCUGCAACGAGCAUGCUGCAGCAGCAAGCUGCUGACAUUAGGAGCCAGAGGAUCAAUUGGCAGGCUUAUCUUCAGUCUCACAUGAUCUCAAAGGAGGAUUACGACUUUAUUGUUGCUUUUGAUACAAGUGACACUAAUGUCAGAGAGGCCAAGCUCAAAGAAAACCCUGGACAGGCUGCCAAGACUUUCCUCAAUUUACUUGGCCACGUAUCCAAAGAUCAGACCAUUCAAUACAUCCUUACCAUGAUUGAUGACAUGCUCCAAGAAAAUCGUAGUCGUGUGGAAAUUUUCAGGGAACACUCCACUCGUAAAAGAGAAUCAGUCUGGGGACCAUUUUUGAACCUCUUGAACAGACAGGAUGGUUUUAUUAUGAACAUGACAGCUCGAAUAAUUGCUAAAUUAGCCUGCUGGAGUCACGACCUUAUGGAAAAAACUGACCUUCAAUUUUACCUGACUUGGCUCAAGGAUCAGCUCAAGAUCAGCAAUAACGAUUACAUUCAAUCAGCCGCAAGAUGUCUGCAAAUGAUGCUUAGAAUAGAUGAGUAUCGGUUCACCUUUGUGUCAGUUGAUGGAAUUUCCACUCUCCUGAGUGUUCUCUCUGGCAGAGUUAAUUUUCAAGUCCAGUACCAGCUGAUAUUUUGCUUAUGGGUGCUCACCUUUAAUCCUUUACUUGCUGAAAAAAUGAAUAAAUUCAACGUCAUCGUCAUACUUGCCGAUAUUUUGAGUGAUUCGGUUAAAGAAAAAGUCACGAGAAUCAUUCUUGCAGUAUUCAGAAACUUGAUUGAAAAAGUAGAAGAUUCACAAGUUGCAAAGGAGCAUUGCAUUGCCAUGGUUCAGUGCAAAGUCUUGAAACAAUUGUCUAUCCUCAGCCAAAGAAAAUUCGAUGAUGAAGAUAUUAUGGAUGAUAUUGAAUUUUUGAAUGAUAAAUUGCAAGCGUCUGUCCAAGAUUUGAGUUCGUUUGAUGAAUACGCUACAGAAGUAAAAUCUGGUAGACUAGAGUGGUCACCUGUUCACAAGUCUGGGAAAUUCUGGCGAGAAAAUUCGGGUCGUCUUAAUGAAAAGAAUUACGAACUGCUUCGCAUAUUAGUUCAUUUGCUGCAAGUCAGCAAGGAUCCUUUAGUAUUGAGCGUUGCUUGUUUCGAUGUUGGAGAAUACGUCAGACACUAUCCUAGAGGCAAACAGUAA